AUUGGGGCAGGAGGAAUGGACAGAAGUUUGGAGGAGGGUGGAAGUGUGAAGGUGGGGAAGAGGAGGGGUGCACAGGUGGUCACAGAGAAGUUGAAGUAUAAAUGGAGUGAGAAGCAGGUCAUUCACAUCCACCCUGGUUGUAGGAAGGCUCAAGUCAGCUCCAUGAUGAUUGGUCUGAUUGUUUUCAUGAUCCUGGGUGCUGCAGCUGCAGCUCCCAUGGAUGACAAGAUUGUGGGAGGCUACCAGUGUGAGGCUCACUCUCAGCCCUGGCAGGUGUCCCUCAAUAUCGGUUACCACUUCUGUGGUGGCUCCCUCAUCAAUGACCAGUGGAUCAUCUCUGCAGCCCACUGCUGGCAAAACCCAUUUUCACAGAUUGCAAUCCUGGGAGACAACCACAUCUGGAUGCACGAGAGCACAGAGCAGUACAUGUCAGUGGAUGCUAUCUACUGGCAUGAGAGUUAUGAUUACAAGACCCUGGACUAUGACAUCAUGCUGAUGAAACUGGCACACCCUGUCACUGUCAAUGAGUAUGUCAAGCCUGUCCCUCUUCCCAAAGCCUGUCCUACACCUGGGGACAUGUGCACGGUGUCUGGAUGGGGGAACAUCUAUACUGAUGAAGUGUUCAACCCAUUUUACCUUCAGUGUGUGGAAGUACCUAUCUUGUCCAACAAGGAGUGUGAAGACUCCUAUCCAGGCAUGAUCACUGAGCGCAUGGUUUGUGCUGGAUAUCUGGAGGGAGGCAAGGAUGCUUGUCAGGGCGACUCUGGUGGGCCUCUGGUGUGUAAUGGAGAGCUGCAGGGAAUAGUCUCUUGGGGAAAUGGCUGUGCUCAGCCCAACUACCCGGGUGUUUACACCAAAGUCUGUUCUCUGCUGCCCUGGAUCAAUGAGACCCUUUCCAGAUACAGCUAGGCUGUGAUCCCCCAUCACAGAAGUACAUGUGAGAAGGGAGACCAGAGAGAGACUAAAAUAGGACACAGAUGGCAGGUGGUUAUGGGUAGUGUUGGAAACAAAACAUUGGGAGGACAGCUAAUAGAGAGCCACAAGGAGAAAUGGCAAAAAAAGAGGGAGAAAAAGAGAUGUGAUUUUUGAAGGGCAUGAUCAAUAAAAUAUACCACAUUUUCAUGCA